CUGUACAGUAAACUUACAAACAUCUCUCAAAUUAUAUUUGAACUGCUGUAUUGAAAAAAAAAAAACAUUUGUACACAGUCUGGGAGUGACUUUGUUUUAGUUCUGAACAUUAUUUGUAUUAUUUUAUAAUAUACCAAAUCAUUAAAUACUGAGAAAAUACUGAUGGAUAAAGACACCAAACUGAUGGCUACAUGCAAAAAUAUGCAUUCCUACUGUUUACAGUACUCACUUUUUAUUACUUGCCCUACUGAAUGUCCUUCUAAAGGAAGUUUGCAGCACAUCAAGAUAAAUGUCCCAACUGUUUAAGAGAACCUUGCAUAAGAGUGAGAAAAUGAUCAUUCCCACAAACUGAAAACAAUUCAUGUUUACUUGUGUCCAUUGUUAUUCGAAGCUCAGUCCUUUCCUCUGUGGCUAUUGUAAUCUAUGCUGGUACUUAGAAUUCAAAGGAAAGUGUCCAAGGCUUUCAAGGUGUUUCCUUUGCUGGCACAAUGUGUGUGUGCAUAUGUGAGUAUAGUGCUUUUCUAUGCUAGACAUCAGCCUUUCACCCUUACCCAUAAUGCAUUGUGGGAAAGGUAACGCCCAUUUUGUUUACCUGGAGGAAACCAGAGACGGAAACUACCAGCCCGAAGGGAGAGGAGGAAACAAAACCAAAGCCAAAAGAACAGAAAAGACUUUGUAUUUAUAUCUCAUUCCUUACAUAUGAGUCAGUUGUUUCUUUUUCAUUCAAGGUGGAUUUUAAUACAGACUUUGGAGUUGUUAAUGUGGUUUGUUUCCUUACCUUUUGGCAUUACAGACAAGGUGUGAGUGAGAGAAGUGGAACUGCCAGAGUAGAGGGAGGAGCUGCAGGGCUCUCCAUGUAUGGACUCCCAACUGUGUUCAUAUGGUAAACAGAGGGUCACAUGGGGCAAUAGUCUUGGAGCAGUGGGGAGAAAAGGGAGGGAAAGGAACAAGGAGAGAGAGGGAAGAUAUACACUGGAGGACUUUGGCCUGCCUCAUGUGCAGGAGGCAGCACUUUCACCCUGAGUUUAAAGGACACUGGAUCACACCGCAAAGAGAAAGAAAAACAUUUGAAGUGAGUUGUGGUCAAACUGAAGUUUUGACUGCCUCAUUGGGGCUCUCUUAGGGCUCUAUUUCUUUCACCUUUGGAUACUUUUUCACUUUCCUUUGAGGGGGGGAAGGUUCAACAGCUAGUGUCCUCCUGGUUCCUGUCACUGGACACCUCAUCCGGGCAAGUAAAGCACCAAGAUGCCCACCAACUUCACCGUAGUACCAGUGGAGGAUGCGGAAGGAGACAGCAACAGCGCAAAUGAAGCUGGAGACAGUAAACCCGCCAGUCUGGGCAAAAUUUUUGGGGAGGAAGAUGAUGAGGACAACUUGGAAGGACUUCAUUCAGGAGAUGAAAGCCAGAGAGAGUCCAGUCCAUUCAUCAACUCAGACAAGGACAGAGAACAGUACGAUGGCAAGAACAUGGCCCUGUUUGAGGAAGAAAUGGACAGUAAUCCUAUGGUUUCAUCUCUUCUCAGCAAGUUGGCCAACUACACCAACCUGACCCAAGGUGUUCGAGAGCACGAGGAGGCUGAGUACGAGGAUGGGGUCAGGAAGGUCACUGUCAUGGUCAACCAAAUGGGAACAUUCAUCGGGGUGUACCUGCCCUGCAUGCAGAACAUUCUGGGAGUGAUCCUCUUCCUGCGUCUCACCUGGAUCGUUGGUACGGCGGGAAUCCUGGGCUCUUUUGCCAUCGUCUCCAUGUGCUGCAUUUGUACGUUGCUCACAGCUAUAUCAAUGAGUGCCAUAGCAACAAACGGAGUUGUCCCAGCGGGCGGCUCCUACUACAUGAUCUCCAGAUCUUUGGGUCCAGAGUUUGGAGGAGCAGUGGGUCUCUGUUUCUACCUGGGAACCACCUUCGCUGGAUCCAUGUACAUACUUGGCACCAUAGAGAUUCUGCUGACGUACAUCAUUCCAACAGCAACAUUGUUUGAAGCCCAAAAUAAAGAAAGUGAAGACACAGCAAUGCUCAAUAAUAUGCGUGUCUACGGAACAUGCUGCCUGGUCCUGAUGGCUCUGGUAGUGUUUGUCGGGGUGAAGUAUGUGAACAAGUUGGCCCUGGUUUUUCUGGCCUGUGUGAUGCUCUCCAUCAUGGCCACUUAUGCAGGAGUCAUCAAGACGGUCAUUGAACCACCAGAAGUUAAUGUUUGUCUUUUGGGGAACCGUUCCCUGAAGAAUGAAAAGUUUGAAACAUGUGCAAAGACAGAAAUUGUGAAAAACAACACUGUGACCACCGAGCUCUGGACCCUUUUCUGUGACAGUGAAUAUCUCAACGCCACCUGUGAUGAAUACUUCACCUUAAACAACCUGACAGAGAUACGGGCCAUACCUGGGCUCCUGAGCGGAGUUAUCAAAGACAACCUGUGGGGUGACUAUGGUCCAGCUGAUAUGUUGAUAGAGAAGAAAAAACAGUUUUCAGUACCAGCCCAAGACAUGUCCGAUGAUAUCAAUAAGCCCUAUGUCUUCAAUGACAUUGCCACCUACUUCACUCUGCUGGUGGGAAUAUACUUCCCCUCUGUCACAGGUAUAAUGGCAGGCUCUAAUAGGUCUGGUGAUCUGAGAGACGCCCAGAGGUCGAUACCAAUAGGAACUAUAAUGGCUAUCCUCACCACCUCUUUCAUCUACAUUUCCUGUGUGGUCAUGUUUGGAGCCUGUAUUGAAGGAGUGGUGCUGAGAGACAAGUUUGGGGAGUCAGUAAAGAAGAUCCCAGUAAUUGGUAUCCUGGCCUGGCCGUCACCCUGGGUGAUUGUGAUUGGCUCGUUUUUCUCCUGCUGUGGGGCGGGGCUUCAGAGCCUCACUGGCGCCCCCCGGCUGCUGCAGGCCAUUGCUCGUGAUGGCAUUAUCCCAUUCUUACAGGUCUUCGGUCAUGGCAAGGCUAAUGGGGAGCCCACCUGGGCUCUUCUGCUGACAGUUGGGAUCUGUGAGAUAGGAAUCCUCAUCGCGUCUCUGGAUGAUGUGGCCCCCAUCCUCUCCAUAUUUUUCCUCAUGUGCUAUCUGUUUGUCAACCUGGCCUGUGCUGUUCAGACUCUGCUCCGAACCCCCAACUGGAGACCUCGCUUCAAGUUCUAUCACUGGACUCUGUCUUUCUUAGGGAUGAGUCUAUGUCUCUCGCUCAUGUUUAUCUCCUCUUGGUACUACGCCCUGGUUGCCAUGGUGAUAGCUGGCUGUAUCUACAAGUACAUUGAGUACAGAGGGGCAGUGAAGGAGUGGGGAGAUGGUAUUCGAGGUCUGUCCUUAAAUGCAGCACGGUACGCUCUCAUCCGCCUGGAGGAAGCACCGCCACACACCAAAAACUGGAGACCUCAGCUGCUGGUGAUGUGUAAGCUGGACUCAGACCUGGCGGUGAAACAUCCUCGUCUCCUGUCCUUCACUUCGCAACUCAAAGCAGGGAAGGGACUGACCAUCGUCUGCUCAGUCCUGGAAGGAACCUACAUGACCCGGGGGAAUGAUGCCAAGACUGGAGAGCAGAACUUGAAAGCAGCCAUGGCUGCAGAGCGGACCAAGGGUUUCUCCCACGUGGUUGUGUCAUCCAACCUGCGAGAUGGUUUCUCCCUGCUCAUCCAGUCAGCAGGACUGGGAGGAAUGAAGCACAACGCCGUCCUGAUGGCUUGGCCAGCAGCUUGGAAACAAGCCCGGGACUCCUCCGCAAGGAGGAACUUUAUAGAAACAGUGAGGGAGACGACUGAAGCAAAUCAGGCUCUGCUGGUUGCUAAGAACAUCGACCAUUUCCCUAGUAACCAGGAGCGUCUGAAAGAGGGAACCAUCGAUGUGUGGUGGAUUGUACAUGACGGUGGAAUGCUCAUGCUGCUGCCGUUUUUAAUAAGUCAGCACAAGGUAUGGAGGAAAUGUAGAAUGCGAAUCUUCACGGUGGCCCAGAUGGAUGACAACUCCAUCCAGAUGAAGAAAGAUCUCCAGAUGUUUCUCUACCAUCUACGCCUGGAUGCAGUGGUGGAGGUGGUGGAGAUGCAUGACAGUGACAUCUCAGCCUUCACCUAUGAGAAGACGCUGGUGAUGGAACAGAGGUCUCAGAUGCUCAAACAGAUGCAGCUGUCCCGCACUGAGAGGGAGAGAGAGAUUCAGAGCAUCACAGAUGUAUCGCGUGGCUCCAUAAAGAGGAAGAAGUCAUCACGUGUUGACACUUCUUCCCUCAACAUCCUGCAGCCCCCCAGCAUGUGCAUACCAGAGGAUGAGGCCCAGCUGAUCCAUGACCGGAACACAGCGUCUCAUUCUACAAUGAAUGACAAAGCUUCAGGGGCCACACCAGAUCGCGUCCACAUGACCUGGACCAAAGACAAACUAGUCAAUGAGAGGAACAGACACAGAGAAGGCAUGGGAAUUAAAGACGUGUUUAAUAUGAGACCUGAGUGGGAGAAUCUCAACCAGACCAACGUGCGCAGGAUGCACACUGCUGUGAGACUGAAUGAGGUAGUGGUCAAGAAAUCCCAGAAUUCACAGCUGGUGUUGCUCAACAUGCCAGGCCCACCGAAGAACAAGAAAGGGGAUGAGAACUACAUGGAGUUUCUGGAAGUUCUGAUGGAAGGACUAGACCGCGUCCUGUUGGUUCGAGGAGGAGGUAGGGAGGUCAUUACCAUCUACUCCUAGCGCCAAGAAGUUCCUAAUUAUUUGGAAUGGCACUGGAAGAAAACAUGGCUGGACAGUGGGACUGCAGAGGGCCGGGGGGGUUGACAGAGGAGGACAUGGCUUCAAGGUGGGACAUGGACAAUAGUGUUGGACAAAGGAAGCACAAUACAAGCCCUCAGUGCAACUUUGUGUUUUGGAGGACCGUGGUCACUGUGAAGGACAGGGGAGUCUGCCUGCAACACAGCCUGAGCUCAGUGCAUCAUCUGGGGGCAAGGAGGGCUCAACGUACCCCAUCCUCCUGGGGCUACUUAGCUCCACCACAUCUUUACAUUGUAAGAUGACAAAUGUGUAGCUGCCUUGUGGAGAUAUUAUUUCCUCACAUAAACUGUGUUUUCUGAAAGACAUGUCAUUUUAAUUUAACACGUUUUAUUGCUUCACCUGGCACUUGGUGAAGAUUAAAUAUAGCUUGUUGUCAUUUUCAGCAUUUCACUGAAUUUGGUAGCUGCCAAUUGAUCACUGGUUUCACCAAGGAAUGUAAACAUUAGCUGACAGGGUAUUUAUUCAUUUCAGUGCUACUAAUGAUGGGAUCAGUUGAACAUGUUUUUAAGACAUUAAAUUUCACAGAAUAUCAUGUUUGCCUCGUAUCACUGUGUCAGAAGUUAAAGCCAAAAUUCCAUUGCUUACUAUCAGACACUUUAAAGGGCAAAGGUGGUAGUAUUGAUUGUAAUCAAUAGUUUAUAUUGUUAUACACUGCCAUUGCUUACCAACUGUUUGUUGUCACAGAUAACAUUAAUGUGCCAAGCGUGAUCAAAAAAGAAGAGAUAGUGAAAAUGUAAAAGAGGAACAACAACGGUUGUGAUUUUAGUAAAUAUUAGUUGAAUUAAUGAUGUAUGUGAUUGACUGUUUUUGUAUUGAGCCUGUGCUGUAUAGUAGUGUUUCAUUUAAUUUAACUGUUUUUUUUAAGUCCAGCAGAGAUAUUUUCAUCUACAAUGUGUCAUGUGUUAGUUCAACAAAAAUGAAAUGAAUAUUAAACAAACAAAAAGAGUGCACAAGAGUGUUGAACACUGAGUCUUUAGUCUGAUAUGAAUUAUAUUGUUUCAUAUGUUUUACUGGCCCUGUAGAUGGACUAAUCAUGAAGGUAACAUAAGGGAAAUGGCAGGAAUGGCCAGCCCAGCAGUACUUUUUUGAAGUUUAGGUAAGGUUAUGGUUGGGGAAAUAUGUUGAAAAUGGUUGACAGAUAUGAAGCUGUUGGAAAUGGGACACUUGCUUCACCCAUCCAUCCACUACAACCUACUUUCCAAGACUUUUUGCAGUAAGAACAUCAUACCACUUCCUGCUGUGCCUGUACUGAGUACUGCAGGAGGUAACCAAGCGGCAACUACCACGGCUUGAGGCUGGAACCAAUGUGGAAGUACCUUAAAGUGUAAUGCAACUGACAGCUCCUAUGCAAACCAACGGGUGACAUUACACCUCGCUUCGUUCAUCUUUCUAUACAGACUAUGGGGGUAACACAUUAGAAAAAUGUGAAUUGGCUGUUUGAAUAAACACAUAAUGCUGUGUUUUUUCUGACAGUCUCAUGCCGCCACCGCUGUAUGAGCCCCUCUGCUGCACCAAUCACAGCCUCUUCUCAUGUUUCAGCGUCUUGUGAAAACAUUAAGGAAAGUUCUGAACUUCAGGAUUUACAUUCAGCUCUUACAGUAGGUGAUAAUGUGAUGUGAUCCAGCUUUAAUGCUAGUCCAGAAAGUAUCAUUAUGAAUACCAAAACUAGAGUUUUGUGUGUUGUUAUGAGCGAUACUGUACAUAAUUGUACUUAUGGAUCAGACUUGUUUUUUCUUCUGUGAUACCAAACAC